UGGCAAUUGAACCGUUUAAAUUAUCUCGUUUGUUGUUAAAUUGCCAUUAACACCGAUAACUGUUUUUGAAAUAAAGGACACCGAGUAUGGUAUACAAAAGCUCGUAGAUUACAUCCAACUUCAUUCUGCUCAACAAAUAUUGGACUUCUGCUGUUUUCGGAAGAUUAUUUUCUAAUCUAGAGGAUGGACUAUUUGACAAAGAAAUGGAAGAUGUGGUUCAAGUCCCUGGAUGUCGAUCAUGACGGUAAGAUCUCACUACAAGAUGUCGAGGAGUCCCGAAAUAAGUUUACAGAUCUACAUCAUCUUCUAGGCGACAAGGCCGAGACAGUCCGAACGGACGUGGAAAGCUGGUGGACAACGUACAUUCUCAAAGGCGAACACCAGUUAACUGAAGGGCAGUUCCUGUCUAAUUUAACGACCAUCUAUAAACAGGACAAGGUAGACUUCAAGGCGCACAUACAGAGAUGUUUCGAAAUGAUUUUUGACGUCAUUGAUACAAACAAAGACUGCUCCAUCGAACUCAAGGAAUUCAUUUUUGCUUUUAAGGCUUUUGGCCACGAGAACGAAGACCUUGUAACAAAGACCUUCAAACGUUUUGAUAAGGAAUUGGUGCCUCUGCGUGAAAUGGUAGCAGCCUGGGUCCAGUUUGUUACUGAUGACGACAGCUCAAAUCGAGACAUCAUCUACGAAGUCUUCCAAGCCGGAGUUUAAACCAUAGAUAUGACGUAUAUCCACUUUGCAUAUAGAGACAAAAGAAAUCAAAAGAAAAAGUAGCUUUGAUGUCCAUCCGGAUUUAUUUUACUGAUUUAACUAGCUCGAAGGCUCCCCUAUGUUAUCGGAUAAUAAGAUUAUGAACAUAUGAUAAGCUAAUGCUUGUUUAUUUCAUUAUUUACAUUAAUAUGUGCUUAACUGAUCAAUGUGUGUUUCUUCAUUUACAAUAUAUGUAAUCGUCUGUAGAUAAAGAUGUUCAUUGUU